UUCUCCUAUUACCUCGGUAACCAGAGACCUGGUUCUCCCUACUGACUGGUCUUGAAAAGGUGAAAGGUAGAUACAAGGUUAGUUCAUGGAUGCUAAUGCGGUUAACGGCUAGCUCUACUUGGCACAGUUCAAAACGGAUGGCUCAGCUAAUCAGUAAGCCUGUGUGCAGCAGGACUGGGUCAAAUCCACUGUCAAAGCAUUAUUUCUGUUCCUCAAAGCUUACUUCUCCUUUAUCACCACUUCUAAAUGUAGUUUUGAACUUUUAAACUUAUUCAUCCAGUAUACAUUUACUUUACUUUCAAGUUUCCAGAUGGGGCUGAUAUCCAAACUUAUCCAUUUCCACCAAGAGGAUUAUUCUCAGGAAGAUUAGCUUGGCUACCUCUCUCAAUCCCAAUGUUAUUGCAGUACUGCGCCUGCACAGUACGAACAGUAGCUCCUGCCUGAAGUGAAGAAAGUUCUGGAAUGAUUGGGCUGGAUGUGUAUCUAUAUCCAGAUGGUCUGAGGGUCGCUUCACCAGAAGAUAUAGAGAGGUGGGAAUCUGAGAGGGAAAUGUACAACCAGAAUGUGCGUCUCUUUGUGGCUCUGUACUCUUACAAUCCGGCCGUGAUGUCGCCAAACCCUGACACAAUGGAGGAGGAGCUGCCAUUCGAACAAGGACAGAUUAUUAAAAUCUAUGGAGAUAAAGAUGCUGAUGGUUUUUACACUGGGGAGUCGGAAGGCCGUUGUGGUUUUGUGCCUAGCAACAUGGUAUCUGAAAUUCCUGUGGAAGAUGAUAGAGAAAUUAAAGUUCAACUAUUACAGCAGGGCUUUGUAUCGGAGGAGACAUCUUCUAUAGCACCUAGUGAAUCUUCCUGUGUGCCAGACGAUGUGAAGGUCCACAGGAUGGUGGCCAUUUAUGAUUACGAUCCUUGGGAAAGUUCUCCAAAUAUUGACAUUGAGGACGAGCUUCCUUUCCGUGCAGGAGAUAUCAUAUAUGUUUUUGGGGAAAUGGACAGUGAUGGAUUUUAUUAUGGAGAUCUACAUGGCUAUCGAGGUCUUGUGCCUUCAAAUUUCUUGCAACCGUUGGCUUGGGAUUAAAGAAAAGGAAUAUUCAUGUAUUCAUUCUGAUGUCACACCUUUGAACCAAUCUCAGUAAAUGACAUUAAAAUGAAUUUAUUUCUUCAUUUGAUUUCUAAUACUACAGCUAUUUUAAACAGCUAGCGUAUUAUAGCCUUAAAUGACUGGUAAUGUUUUAAUAUGUGUCUUCUUUUUACUGCUGAUGUAAUACUUAUGUAUUUAUGAAAUUGUAAAAUGAUUUUGUAAAAAACUUUAUUCUUACUUAAUAACUGCAUUUAUAUUAUUUUAACAAUUUUGUUGCACUUUUUUUUAAAUGAAACAAUUUCUCUUCAUUUUUUUCAAGAAAACUUUAUUUGACUGAACCCUUCAUAUACGUCACACCAUGAAAACGAUGUUGAACAAAUGGGGCCAUGACAACAAAAAAACAAGUUGUUUUUCUAACUGACCCUAAAUUUUAUGUUUUACAAACCUCCACCAAACUGAGUCAUCUAGAGUAAAAAGUUAAAAUUAGUGCUAGGAAAGAUUAAUCGCGAAUAAUCGCAUAAAAAAAUCAAAGUGAUUUUUGGCAUAAUGAGUGUGUGCUGUAUGUAAUUAUUAUAUAAAUACACACACAUUCAUGUAUGUAUUUAAGAAACAUUUACAUGUGUAUAUAUAUUUAUUUAUAUUUUUAUAUAUUCUGUAUUAUAUAUAAAUUAAAAAAAAUUCAAAUGUUAAUAAAAAAAUCUAAAAUGAAUAUAUGUAUGUAUGUGUCAUUAAAUAUACAUAAUAAUUACACACAAUACACACACAGAUAUUAUGCCAAAAAUCACUUUUAUUUUGUAUGUGAUUAAUCGCGAUUAAUCUUUUCCCAGCACUAGUUAAAACAGUAUUUGAUGUAAAACAUUUGCCACAUCACAGU